GGCUUUUAGAACAAAUGGCUCUUCUACUUCUUCUUCAAUCAAAAUCCUAUCUUUAGGAAAAAAAAAAAAUUAUAUAAAAAAGUUAAUUUAGUUGCAAACAGUGGAUUUAAUGGCGCUUGCAAACAUAUCUUUGCGUUUCAAGUUUCCACCACAACAAUCUUCUUCCUCUUCCACAUUCAACAACACUUUGAUCUCCCACAGAAGAACCUCUUCCAUUGCUUGCUCCAAGCCAUCGUCUCUCUCGGCCGGAGAUGACGGCGGAGACAGUGGCGCGAAGCCGCGAAAGUUAUCGGAGCAGUCGUCGUGGGAAGCAAAAGAUUCGGAAGGGAAGGAUUAUCUCUACAGGCUUGGCGCGGAGUCGGAUAACGUCAACAUAGCCGUCGGAGCAAGAGCCGGCAUGAUCGACGACGUAUUCAUCGGAGAUUUCCUUGGAAAAGAUUCUGAUAUUGUGUUUGAUUAUCGUCAGAAGGCGACGAGGUCCUUCGAACAUCUUCAAGGAGAUUAUUACAUUGCCCCAACGUUCAUGGAUAAAGUUGCGGUCCACAUUGUGAAGAACUACCUUGCAAGCUCUCUGAAUAUAAAAAUCCCAUUGAUCUUAGGUAUCUGGGGAGGUAAAGGACAAGGCAAGACGUUUCAGACCGAACUUAUCUUCAAAACCAUGGGAGUUGAACCGGUUAUAAUGUCUGCAGGAGAGCUGGAAUCCGAUCGAGCUGGGGAACCGGGAAAACUCAUACGUGACCGAUAUCGAACAGCUUCACAAGUCAUUCAGAAUCAAGGGAAGAUGAGUGUUCUCAUGAUCAAUGAUAUUGAUGCUGGCCUUGGAAGAUUUGGGGAAACACAAAUGACAGUGAACAACCAGAUUGUUGUCGGUACUCUGAUGAAUCUUGCGGACAAUCCUACAAGGGUGAGUGUGGGACAAGACUGGAGAGAAGCUGAUGUUGUAAACAGAGUUCCUCUCAUUGUCACAGGGAACGAUUUCUCCAGGCUCUAUGCUCCACUGAUCCGUGAAGGAAGAAUGGAGAAGUUCUACUGGCAGCCAACUCGUGAAGACAUCGUUAACAUUGUUAGCAGAAUGUACGAGAAAGAUGGGAUAUCGCGGAAAGAUGUUGUAAGCAUUGUUGAUAAGUUCCCAAAUCAAGCACUUGACUUCUAUGGAGCUCUGAGGUCACGUACAUAUGAUAGAUCUAUCCUCAAGUGGGUAGAUGAUGCUGGAGGAAUAGAGACUCUAGGGAAAACUCUUCUCAGGCGUAAAAAGACCGAAGAAGUUCCUCAAUUCAUACCCCCUGAGGUAAAUGCCAUUGCAGGCUUCACAGUGAUCUAUCUGAUACUCUUAGAUUUGGUUCCAGGAGAUCCUAUGAAGGGUUUGUUUCAUAAUGAUGAUAUUGAUUGGUGUAAACAGCAAACGGUGGAAGCAUUGCUGGAAUCAGGAUACUCACUCAUUAUGGAACAAAAACUCAUCAUGGAAACAAAGCUUUCCAAGGAGUACAUGAAGAACAUUGAUGAUUAA